AAUUUUUAUUGAGUAACAUACAGAAAUUUUAGAGAGAUGAACAAGAAACAGAGAGAGAGAGAAAAAAAAGAAACUCGAAUUCAACGAUACAGGUUUCUUCGACUCCAAAUCAAAUUCACUUUGCUGAAGUAUUGAGGAGUUUUUCCAGACGCUAGGAUAUUGAGAAGGAGUAGCAUGCUGAGAUAAUAGGGUAAUUCACUAUAUGUUGCUUACUGCUUUCCACUUUUUUAUUUUGUUGUUGUUAUGAGGCUGUGAAAUAAUAGCGACAUUUGAUUCACAUUAUUGUUUAUUUUUCCCGCGACUGUGAAACGAUGGGUUGGGAAGAUUAAAUAUGACGAAAUUUUUCCCGCGAAAUUGCCAGAAUUGUUUAUUUGUUGUUUGUUUUUCCCGCGAAAUUGCCAGAAAUUGCCAGAAUCAUAGGGUUAGAAGAUUGGAGACAUUCUCAGUGUCAUGUUUAGACAAAGUUAUAAGUGCACUUGGAUUAGUGUAUUACGUAGGCGUAAGGCUAUUGAGAAUUAGGAUUCCACCCUUAAGGAGGCAUUUCAAGAAAAAUGCAAGUCAUUAGCUCAAGAGAGUGGUCUUUUCUCUGUUAGGUACGACUAAUAAGCCUCCUAACGAACUGGCCAUCUAAAAUCUAUAAGCCUAAACAAUAACCUAAUUUGAUAAAGCAAUAGGGGCAAGACACUCUCACUUUAUAUAUAGUUCAGUAGUAUAUUCAAACACGGUCGUUAAGAACGCCAGCUAGAUCUUGAGAUCUCCCACGUUUUUCUCACCUCUAAUUCUCUCAUUUUUUUCUAGUUCAUUUUUCUCCAUUUUUUUUCCCUUCAGUUAUUCUUUCUCCUUUCCCAGCAUUCUUUCUUGCAAUAGUCUUUCUCAAUUCCAAUUCUCUCUCAAUAUUUUUCUCUCUGCACUUUCUCCAUUUUUUCCCCCUUCACCUCUCUCCUUUCCCAUCGUUCUUUCUCCCAAGACAUUAUGGCCAACAAAAUCUACAUCACACGAGAAUGGGAUGUUGCUUCGGUAAGUCUAUUUAGGGAGAGAAUUUUUGAGAUCGAUGCCUUCAAGGUUGGAAGAAGUUUGGAGGAGUUAAGAAGCAACGGUUGUGUUUGUUGGUUGUGUUUGGUUCUCUCGGUUCUUUUUAUUGAAUUUCUUUUGUGGAUGAUUCCUUAUUUGGAACUCAGUCUAUAUAUAAUAAUACCUUAUUAUUUCAAUUUUACUGUAUUUAUAUUUUGAUUUCAUUUUUUUUUACUUGCAAUUUUUAUUAUAACAAUUUAAUCUGACACACUACAAAACCCGUGUAAUGCACGGGUCGGAGUCUAGUUGCGAAAACAGAUGGGAGAGCCGGGUCAGUGGGUGAUGGGUUAAUUAUUUGGGCCUUUGUUUUGAAUGUUAUAGGGUAUGGGCUGAGUGAUUGGAAGCUGGGCCAAAGCAUGGGCAACCCGGUUACAAUUACGACCCGUAUGAACAAAAGUGCAAUUCCUAAAUCUACCCUUGUUACAGAGCCACUACGUCGACGUUCGCCGUGAAUAAGAGCCGCCCAAGUUUGUGGUGGUGUCAUGGGAUUGAGGUAAUCGAACAUUUUUCACAUUCAGAUUCAUUCGGUUGCUGGCAGUGUGAGGUAAUCGAACAUUUUCAUUUUCCAAUUUCCAUUUUCUCCACAGCAACUGUUAAUUAUUAAUAAUGAUAUGUGUUUAUGCUUAUUUUCUUUGAAAUUGAUGAUUGUUAAUGGAUUUGAUGUAUUCAUACUUGUAGGAUAAAUAAUGAAUUUCAGAGAUGGAGCUCAUAACUUGUAUCAUAUUAUUGUUGCUAUUGGAUAUCUUGGGCUUCAACUAUUAUGGUACUUUCUGCAAAUCAUUGUCAGCGCAUGGUAUUACAUAUUAAUCGCAGGUAAUAUAUUUGAAAGCUAUUUCAUCUCUUAUGGAGUAUUGAAGAAAUACAAGUCUCUUCAUAUAGGAAAGCUUCAGUACCUUGCCAUUGUCAUAGAGAGUGAAGAUGCUCAUCAGACAUCAAAAGUGGUUAAGCUUUUGCAGUGGCUGGACUCGGUUGGUGUAAAAAAUGUAUGCCUCUAUGACAUGAAUGGAGUGUUGAAAAAGUCAAAGGAAACCAUAUUUCAAACAUUAAAGAAUGCAAAAUCCAUAGAGGAAGUUAAUGAAGAUGUAACACACCAUGCACCAGAUCACAUGACCCUAGAAUUUGUUUCUUAUGUGGAUGGGAAGGAAGCAGUGGCCAAAGCAGCUAACUUGAUUUUUGUUAAGAAUUUUAAGCAACAUAACAUAGGUGGAGUCCUUGAUCAUCAAAUAUCGUUAGAGCCUCACCUGAAUCAGGCACUUCAAAUUGUUGGUUGCAAAGGCCCUGAACCUGACCUUUUACUGGUUUACGGACCCGUGAGGAGCCAUCUUGGUUUUCCUGCAUGGAGAAUUCGGUAUACAGAGAUCGUACAUAUGGGAUCUUUGAACUUCAUGAGAUACGGUUCCUUGAUAAAAGCCAUUUACAACUUCACAAAAGUGCGCCAUAAUUAUGACUUUCCAAAAGCUAGCUCACAGCCUUCAACUAGAAAUAAAUAACACAAACCUAUAAUAGUAUACUAUGUCGACAGACCAUUCGUUAGUCCUUACCAUUAUGUACGUAGGGAAGGAAAUCAAUCAGAAGUAAAUUGACUGUGCAAGCACAAAGCAUAGGCGUGAAGAAUAGAAAAAAUACCAGCUAAACAUCAUUGUGAGGAAGCGUUUUACACUAGUAUUGUGUAAAUGUGUCCUGAUAGAAAUAGAAUUACAAGUAAUGACAUUGUAGACUGUAUGAGUAUGAGGCGGCCAGCUUCUUGCGUGAAGCAUCUGAUAUGAAGUUUUUUUCUUUGGUUCCUAUUAGACAAAGUUUGAUCCCCUAUAAAUUUCAAAGUACAUACACAAUAUUUCCACUAUUCAGAACAAAAAUACGAUCAAUGAUAUAAAACUUUA